AUGCGAUACUGGCUAAACGUUGUGAUGUUAAAUGACAAUAUGGAGCAAUGGAUAAUCGCACAGGCGGGUGGACGACAAUUGCGAACUGUGCAUGUGGAGGAACGAAAACUGACGCCGGCUAAGUCGUCCUUUUCCACCUCUUCACGAGUCCGGGAUCGUUCGCGUCGUGAACGCCGUGACAGAGAACGAGACAAGGAGCGCGAGGCACAUGUAUGA